AAGCUGGUAUCGAUGACAGAGUCCAAAAUUUUUUUCCUUUUUUCUCUUCCUUUUGGGGUAGGACGAAUAGUCGUGCUCAACUCAAAGCAGUAACCGGUUUUCCGACGGCAAUUUUCAGGGAUUGACAUCUCCAUGAAGAUUCCCUGAUGGUGCGGAAAAGAAGAACUGAGCGUCCUUCUAGUGGGGCUGAAAGCUCUGAGUCUCAGGAAGCUAGUGGGGCCAGUGCUCACGGUUCCCAACAGCCAGCUGAAAGGGGUGGUCCAUCACAACAAGGAGGAUACCAAGGUGGAAGAGGUUGGCCUACCCCACAAGCAGCCCAUGGAGGUUAUGGCGGUGGCGGUGGUGGUGGCCGCGGCCGUAGCAUGCCACAGCAGCAAUCCUAUGGGGGGCCACCUGAAUACCAAGGGAGGGGAAGGGGAGGGCCACCUCAGCAAGCUGCUCGUGGGGGAUAUGCUGGUGGCCGUGGUGGCAUGGGUGGUGGGCCUGGUGGCCGUGGGGGAGGACCAACCUCUAGUGGACAACCCAGACAAUCAAUUCCCAAGCUGCACCAAGCAACCCUGCCUUCCUCUCAAGCAGUGGCAACUCCUCAGCUGCCAUCUGAAGCAAGUUCUUCAUCAAAUCCAGCUGACAUAACACAGCAUGUUCAGCAGCUUUCUAUUCAACAAGAGGCUGCCUAUGGCCAGGAAAUUCAACGAGCUCCUCCGUCAUCCAAAUCUAUGAGAUUUCCUCUUCGUCCUGGAAAGGGUAGCCUUGGCACGAAAUGCAUAGUUAAGGCCAAUCACUUCUUUGCUGAACUUCCAGACAAAGAUUUGCACCAGUAUGAUGUUACGAUAACACCUGACAUCGCAUCGAGAGGAGUCAACCGUGCUGUAAUGGAGAAGCUUGUUAAAUUAUAUAGAGAGUCUCAUCUAGGAAAACGUCUUCCUGCCUAUGAUGGGCGAAAGAGUCUCUAUACUGCAGGGCCUCUUCCUUUUGCAUCCAAGGAGUUUAAGAUUCCACUUAUUGGUGAAGAUGAUGGAUCAGGGGCACCAAGAAGGGACCGGCAGUUUACAGUUGUUAUUAAAUUUGCGGCACGUGCUGACCUGCACCAUCUAGGACUCUUUUUGCAAGGCAGGCAAGCUGAUGCACCUCAGGAAGCUCUUCAGGUUCUUGACAUUGUUCUUCGAGAGUUGCCUACUACUAGGUACUGUCCUGUAGGCCGUUCAUUUUACUCCCCUCUUCUUGGGAGGAGACAUUCUCUUGGUGAUGGUUUAGAAAGCUGGAGAGGUUUUUACCAAAGCAUUCGCCCAACGCAGAUGGGACUUUCACUGAAUAUUGAUAUGUCCUCCACUGCAUUCAUUGAACCGCUGCCAGUGAUUGAAUUUAUAUCCAAGUUGCUAAAUCGGGACAUUUCCUCUAGACAAUUGUCUGAUGCUGAUCGUGUAAAGAUCAAAAAGGCUCUUAGAGGAGUCAAAGUAGAAGUUACACACCGUGGCAAUAUGCGUAGAAAAUACCGAAUAUUUGGUUUAACACCGCAGGCAACAAGAGAGCUAACUUUCCCUGUUGAUGAUAGAGGUACCAUGAAAUCUGUUGUUGAGUACUUCUAUGAAACAUACGGUUUCAACAUUCAGCACAAUCAGUUACCAUGUCUACAAGUGGGCAAUCAGCAACGGCCAAAUUAUUUGCCAAUGGAAGUUUGCAAGAUUGUCGAGGGUCAGAGGUACUCAAAGAGAUUGAAUGAAAAACAGAUCACUGCUUUACUGAGGGUGACUUGUCAACGUCCUCAGGAAAGGGAAUCUGAUAUUUUGCAGACUGUUUGUCAUAAUGCUUACCAUGAGGAUCCAUAUGCACAAGAAUUUGGAAUUAAGAUUAGUGAGAGGCUUGCCUCAGUUGAGGCACGCAUUUUGCCAGCACCUUGGCUUAAAUAUCAUGAUACAGGUAGAGAAAAGAAUUGCCUGCCUCAAGUUGGACAAUGGAAUAUGAUGAAUAAGAAAAUGGUAAAUGGAGGAACAGUAAACAAUUGGAUAUGCAUUAACUUCUCUCGACAAGUUCAAGAUGGGCCAGCCAAAUCAUUUUGUACUGAACUGGCUCAGAUGUGUUAUAUUUCUGGCAUGGCAUUUAAUCGAAAUCCAGUUCUUCCUAUCUUCACUGCUCAUCCUGAUCAGGUGGAAAAGACCUUGAAGACUAGGUAUCAUGAUGCCAUGAGAAAGCUACAGCCUGAAAAGAAAGAGCUUGACUUAUUGAUUGUCAUCCUUCCUGAUAAUAAUGGCUCUCUCUAUGGUGAUUUGAAACGGAUUUGUGAGACAGAUCUAGGAAUAGUUUCCCAAUGCUGUUUGACUAAGCAUGUCUUCAAAAUGAGCAAACAAUACUUGGCAAAUGUGGCAUUGAAAAUUAAUGUGAAAGUUGGAGGAAGGAAUACUGUGCUUGUUGAUGCAAUAUCAAGACGGAUUCCUUUGGUUAGUGACAGGCCUACCAUAAUUUUUGGUGCUGAUGUUACCCAUCCUCAUCCUGGAGAGGAUUCUAGCCCAUCAAUCGCAGCUGUUGUAGCUUCCCAAGAUUGGCCAGAGAUUACAAAAUAUGCCGGUCUGGUUUGUGCUCAAGCUCAUCGCCAGGAGCUCAUCCAGGAUUUAUACAAGUCAUGGCAGGAUCCUGUGAGAGGGACAGUGGCUGGGGGCAUGAUCAAGGAGCUCCUUAUUUCUUUCCGCAGAGCUACUGGGCAGAAGCCACAGCGAAUCAUAUUUUAUAGGGAUGGUGUUAGUGAAGGGCAAUUUUAUCAAGUUUUGCUCUAUGAACUUGAUGCCAUACGAAAAGCAUGUGCUUCUCUGGAGCCCAACUAUCAGCCUCCUGUUACCUUUGUGGUUGUUCAGAAGCGCCAUCACACAAGGUUGUUUGCCAACAAUCAUGACGACCGCAAUUCUGUUGAUAAGAGUGGGAAUAUAUUGCCUGGUACGGUUGUAGACUCCAAAAUCUGUCAUCCAACUGAAUUUGACUUUUAUCUAUGCAGUCAUGCUGGGAUUCAGAAUAAACAGGGUACAAGCCGUCCAGCUCACUACCAUGUGCUAUGGGAUGAGAACAAGUUUACAGCUGAUGCAUUACAGUCCCUCACAAACAAUCUUUGUUAUACAUAUGCAAGAUGCACACGUUCUGUAUCAAUUGUGCCUCCGGCUUAUUAUGCCCAUCUUGCUGCAUUCCGAGCUCGAUUUUAUAUGGAGCCAGAGACUUCAGACAGUGGUUCAAUGACAAGUGGUGCUGCCGCUGGACGAGUAGGCAUGGCUGGAGGUGCUGCUGGAAGGAGCACUCGAGGACCUGGAGCCAGCGCUGCUGUUAGACCUUUGCCUGCUUUGAAGGAGAAUGUGAAGCGUGUCAUGUUCUACUGUUAGUUUGAGUCUAAUAGACCUAGUAUUUGGGAAUUAUGGUUUUAAUUAAUCUAAAAAACUUAAGGAAAAACCACUAAUUCUAAACUUUCAUGCUCUCUACUAUAUGUGACGAUAAGUAAACUCGUUGUACUCUUGAUUUCAUACAUUUGCUAUUAAGACAUAUUGUGAUAGGAUUGUGGUGUGUGCCAUACUGCCAUUCUAUGGUCUCCUUUCUGUUUUCUGUUACUCUUCUUGAGAUGCCCCAAGAUAUAAAGUUUAGAUAUGACA